GCCUAAGGUGCCUCCUAAUCAAAUACCUCGUAGGUGCCUAACAUACCUCCUACAGCUAGGUACCUACCUGUAAUUCAGAGUAUACGAUACCUGGGCACUUCCUACCGAUAGGGGUUUCGCUGCCGAACCCCCCCGCCAGUAGGCCGAGGGCAGCCGAAUUCCUACUCUCUCCCUACAUCUUCCAUUUCUUUCCUUGGACCCGAACUCGGACUUACACUUGGACAUCGUCCCUGUCGAAAGGCUCGGCUCUGCUUCAUGCGCUUGACGCCAGGAUCGCCGUACUCUACAGCGCCAUGUUCUCUACCGCCAGACGGACCGCCCUGAGCAGCACUGGCAAGUUGCCACGCUCUGCCCCGGUGUUCUCGACCCCCUACAGUCCUGCGGCUUUUCGACGGUUGCUCUCGUCGCUGGCGGUGCUGGAACAGCGCGAUGGGAAGCUCAACCUCGGCUCCCUAAGCGCCGUCACGGCCGCGAAGAAGCUCGGCGGCUCCGUGCAUGCAUUCGUGGCCGGAGGCAGUAUAAAGCCCGUGGCGGAGGAGGCAGCCAAGGCCGAGGGUGUCGAGAAGAUAAUCGCGGUAGAAAACGCCGCUUACGAGAAGGGACUGCCGGAAAACUUUGCGCCCUUGCUGGUCGAGAACAUUAAGAAGGGUGGCUACACACAUGUCAUCGCGGGGCACACCGCAUUCGGCAAGAGUAUAUUGCCGCGCGUCGCCGCACUACUCGACUCCCAGCAGAUCUCGGACAUCACUGCGAUCGAGAACGAGAACACCUUUGUGCGCCCGAUAUACGCCGGCAACGCCAUCGCUACCGUCGAGUCCUCCGAUGCGAUUAAGAUCAUCACCAUCCGCGGUACCGCGUUCCCGGCCGCCGAGGCGCAAGGCGGCUCCGCAGCGAUCGAAGACGGUGUCGACCCCAAGGUGGACGCCACCUCGGAGUGGGUCUCGGAGGAGCUGGCCAAGUCGGAUAGGCCCGACCUAGCCACCGCCGGCAGGGUCGUCUCCGGGGGCAGAGGCCUCAAGUCGAAGGAAGAGUUCGACCAAAUCAUGUUUCCGCUCGCCGACGCCCUAGGCGCAGCUGUCGGAGCUUCUCGUGCGGCCGUGGACAGCGGCUAUGCCGACAACAGCCUGCAGGUGGGACAGACUGGCAAGGUCGUUGCCCCCCAGCUGUACAUGGCCGUUGGUAUCUCGGGCGCGAUCCAGCAUCUGGCCGGCAUGAAAGACAGCAAGGUCAUUGCGGCUAUCAACAAAGACCCCGAGGCACCGAUAUUCCAAGUAGCGGACGUCGGCCUGGUUGGGGAUCUGUUCGAAGAAGUGCCCAAGCUAACAGAGAAGUUAAAGAACCCGUAGAUAUUGGUAUAUCGUAAAUUACAACCGCCCGCGAGGAUAUAUGCGU